GGCGGUAUCCGCCCGCCCGCCGAUCCGCCCCCGACACUCACGGGAUAUAUAAGCCGAGGCGAAGGCUUCGGCGGCACAACGCAACACAACCACCGACAACCACGACCUCCCUCAACCCCGGACACUACAAACAGAUCAGGCACAAUGAUGCGAAGUGCCAGCGGAGCGCUGGCCGUGGCCGUCGCAGCCCUGCUGGUCUGCUGCAGCGCUAAUCCUCAUCAGGAGCAGGACGUAAGUGGCAGCGAGUACAACUCCGCGGAACGCUUCGAUGCCAGCGGAUAUAAUCAAAAAGAACUUGAAGACUUCCUACGAUACCUCUUACAUUACGAAAAUAAGUAUGAAGACCGCAACUUAAAUGGCCUCGGUGGCAAUUCACUACUCGGGCGUAACACCAACGGCCUCGGUGGAAGCUCUCUAUUGGGCAGGAACCUUGGCAACCUUGGAGGCAGUUCCUUAGCCGGCAGAGAGUUACAUUACGGCCAAGGCAGGAACACUCACGGAAUCAGGGGCUACACCCUAGUAGGCAGAGCCAAUGGGAACUUGAACGGAAUCGGAGGUUCCACUCUUGUGGGUAGAGAUGCUGAAGUAGAAAAAAGGUUGUACUCCAGAUAUGUUGACUCCCUUGGUGGCGGCAACUUUGUAAAGAAGAACCUUGACCAGCUCGGUGGUCCCAACCUUGUGAAGAGGAACCUGGAUUCUUUGGGCGGAGGCAACUUAGUUCGUUCCCUCGACUCCAUCGGGGGUCCCAAUCUUGUGAAGAGGAACCUGGAUUCUUUGGGCGGAGGCAACUUAGUUCGUUCCCUCGACUCCAUCGGGGGUCCCAAUCUUGUGAAGAGGAACCUGGAUUCUUUGGGCGGAGGCAACUUAGUUCGUUCCCUCGACUCCAUCGGGGGUCCCAAUCUUGUGAAGAGGAACCUGGAUUCUUUGGGCGGAGGCAACUUAGUUCGUUCCCUCGACUCCAUCGGGGGUCCCAAUCUUGUGAAGAGGAACCUGGAUUCUUUGGGCGGAGGCAACUUAGUUCGUUCCCUCGACUCCAUCGGGGGUCCCAAUCUUGUGAAGAGGAACCUGGAUUCUUUGGGCGGAGGCAACUUAGUUCGUUCCCUCGACUCCAUCGGCGGUCCCAACCUUGUGAAGAGGAACCUGGAUCCUUUGGGCGGAGGCAACUUAGUUCGUUCCCUCGACUCCAUCGGCGGUCCCAACCUUGUGAUGAGGAACCUGGAUUCUUUGGGCGGAGGCAACUUAGUUCGUUCCCUCGACUCAAUUGGUGGUCCCAACCUUGUGAUGAGGAACCUGGAUUCUUUGGGUGGAGGCAACUUAGUUCGUUCCCUCGACUCCAUCGGCGGUCCCAACCUUGUGAUGAGGAACCUGGAUUCUUUGGGCGGAGGCAACUUAGUUCGUGAACUAUAUCUAUUAUUCGUGAAGACUAGAGUCUUCUUUGUCUUACUGUUGGAUUGCAUGCACAUAGGCCACAAGACUGCUGCUGUGGACGCUAGCGACGGCGGUGCCUUAGUCCGGAAAGUUCGAGAGAUCCGUCACUCUGGGUACGUGCCCUACCUUAUCUCCAGACGAUUUGCUAGUCCGUACGGCGGAUAUUACGGAGAUGGCUUCCCUAAGCGCAAUUUCGAUGAGAUCGACCGGUCUGGACUGAAUACGUUCGUGCAGAAACGCAACUUCGACGAGAUCGACCUGUCACAAAUGCCGCUCUUGCAGUCCAAGCGCUUCUCUUACUCGUCUGGGCUGGAGCCGUUACAAAAGCGCAACUUCGACGAGAUUGACCUGUCACAAAUGCCGUAUCUUUCCGCCAAGCGCUACUCUUACCCGUCUGGACUGAACACCUUGGUGCAAAAGCGCAACAACUUCGACGAGAUCGAUGCAUCAGAGAUGCCGCCCUUCAAGUCAAGGUCUGCACUUCACGUGUGGCUGCAAAAGCGCAACUUUGACGAGAUCGACGCUUCACAGUUACCACCUUUCAAGUCAAGGUUGGGAGUCCAUAGUCGCACCUUUGAUGAAAUCGACCGGUCAGAGUUGCCGCCCUUCAAGUCAAGGUCUGGACUACUACGCAUGUUGCGUCAAAACGGCGACUUUGACGAAAUCGACCGGUCAGAGUUGCCACCCUUCCAGCAGCAAAGGUCUGGACUACUACGCAUGCCGCAAAGCGGCGACUUUGACGAAAUCGACCGGUCAGAGUUGCCACCCUUCCAGCAGCAAAGGUCUGGACUACUACGCAUGCCGCAAAGCGGCGACUUUGACGAAAUCGACCGGUCAGAGUUGCCACCCUUCCAGCAGCAAAGGUCUGGACUACUACGCAUGCCGCAAAGCGGCGACUUUGACGAAAUCGACCGGUCAGAGUUGCCACCCUUCCAGCAGCAAAGGUCUGGACUACUACGCAUGCCGCAAAGCGGCGACUUUGACGAAAUCGACCGGUCAGAGUUGCCACCCUUCCAGCAGCAAAGGUCUGGACUACUACGCAUGCCGCAAAGCGGCGACUUUGACGAAAUCGACCGGUCAGAGUUGCCACCCUUCCAGCAGCAAAGGUCUGGACUACUACGCAUGCCGCAAAGCGGCGACUUUGACGAAAUCGACCGGUCAGAGUUGCCACCCUUCCAGCAGCAAAGGUCUGGACUACUACGCAUGCCGCAAAGCGGCGACUUUGACGAAAUCGACCGGUCAGAGUUGCCACCCUUCCAGCAGCAAAGGUCUGGACUACUACGCUUGUUGCCGCAAAGCGGCGACUUUGACGAGAUUGACCGGUCAGAGUUGCCACCCUUCCAGCAGCAAAGGUCUGGACUACUACGCAUGCCGCAAAGCGGCGACUUUGACGAAAUCGACCGGUCAGAGUUGCCACCCUUCCAGCAGCAAAGGUCUGGACUACUACGCAUGCCGCAAAGCGGCGACUUUGACGAAAUCGACCGGUCAGAGUUGCCACCCUUCCAGCAGCAAAGGUCUGGACUACUACGCAUGCCGCAAAGCGGCGACUUUGACGAAAUCGACCGGUCAGAGUUGCCACCCUUCCAGCAGCAAAGGUCUAGACUACUACGCAUGAUGCUGCAAAAGCGCAACUUUGACGAGAUUGACCGGUCAGAGUUGCCACCCUUCCAGCAGCAAAGGUCUGGACUACUACGCAUGCCGCAAAGCGGCGACUUUGACGAAAUCGACCGGUCAGAGUUGCCACCCUUCCAGCAGCAAAGGUUGUGGUUGCAUAAUCGCAACUUUGACGAGAUCGACCGGUCAGAGUUGCCGCCCUUCCAGCAGCAAAGGUCUGGACUACUACGCAUGUUGCUGAAAAAGCGCAACUUUGACGAGAUCGACCGGUCAGAGUUGCCACCCUUCAAGUCAAGGUCCGGAGUGGAAACGUACCUGAAGAAACGCACCUUCGAUGAGCUCGACCAGUCAAACAUCAAAGUCUUCCCCUCCAAGCGGUUCUCCCACAUUUCGAGCUUCGACAAGAAGAGGUACAGAGCUGAAUACCCCAUCGAUGAGAUUGAUCUGUCUCACUUCCCCAUUGGCUCCAAACGGUCCCAAGACAGUGUAAUGUAAACGACAGAAUCUAGCAACCGUCCUUUUUAAACACCAUUAUAUCCACAAACAAAAUUCUUUCUUCGGAACUCUGUGAUUGACUAAUAAAAUAUUUAGUUCGAUGUUACAGUAAUAAUGGUCUUUUCUUUGUCUUUCUGCGAUACUGAAGAACUUAUUUUUCUAAAAGUUUUAAUGAGGUCAGAAAGGAAUUUUAUCAAAAGUUAUUUGUUCCCCGAACUUGGCGGUCACGUGCCUACAGGUCUACAUCUGAUUACCUACAUCAUAUAUACUCUCUAGUUGAGGAGUGUGAAAGUACACUUUAGUUUACCCUCACUCCUCGCCCUUUAUUAUAGAGAAGUAAUAAUAACUAGACUUAAAUUAAACUUAUUGUAAAUUUCUCAGAUAUUAUUAUUGGUAGUAAAUAAAAUGUGUAAUAAAGAGGGAGAGGUUUAGAAUCUAACUAAAUGUUAUAUCGGUCUCAAAAUAAAUUAAAAAAAUAUACGCCUUACAUACAGCCCCAUCGUCGAAACAGUCCUUGAUUCGUAGCAUGUUCCUCUAAUCUAAUACUUGUAGUUUCGCGUUACGUUUGAAUACAUUUGACUAAAUAUGCCAAAAAGUAUUAACAUGUUUUUAAUUAAUUCCUUUC